AUGACUUCAACAAACCUUACAGAAGAAGAACAGAUUGAGACCCCGGUUGCUACUGUACUAGAAAGCCACAGCGAACAAUCUACCACUGAGAUUUACCAUACGCAGGUGUUACCUUCUUUUGAGACAACUAUCAACAGAGCAAACUAUGAAUUAUGGUCUGUGGACGAAGUUAUUAACUGGUUUAUCCCAUUAUUAAACAUUACUGAAGAUCAUUCUUUGGUUUCAAAUAUACGGUUAAAUAAUAUAAAUGGCGAUGUGCUUAAUGAUCUAUCCUUUGAAGAUUGUAAAGAAUUAUGCGAUGGAUCAUUACAAGAUACUAUAAAAUUGAGACUUUCUUUAAAUAAACUAAAGGAUAAUAAUUCUAUCAGUUAUGAAACAUCUCUGAAUAGAAAUUUGGCAGAAAAGGAAGAAAAUAUGACUAUAGUAUUGAAGAAUUUAUGUACAUCAUUAUCACAACGAUUACAGGAUUAUUCUACUCAAUAUUCUAAAUUGAGGUCAGAAAUAUUAGAUAUCGUAAAGACUAGAUCUGCUAUACCAUCAAGGCAUGGGUCAGAUGGCUCAAAUACUGAGUUCUAUGAAGUCCCCAAAACACAACCUACAUUUACUGGGAAUAUUACACCAAAUUUGUCUCGAAAAAAUACGAUGUCAGGUAAAAGCUUAAGUCCUAUUGCUCAAAGUCCUACAACUAGGAGUCCCACAACUCAGUCAUUUCAACCACCUCAAUUAAGGAAUCAUAGUAAUAGUUCAAUGUCUAUAAAUACACAAUCCCAAUUAGGACUAGGUUCUAAUCAAAAACCAAAAUUGGUAGCGACUCAUUCUAGCACAAAUGUCGAACAAGGGCAAUCUGGAUCAUCAUCCAACGAACCUUUGAAACAAUUAAGAGCCUCAAAGGAAGAUUCAUGUGAAAAGAUCUUGAAAAAUGCGAUGAAGAGACAUGGACUAAAUGAUCAAGAUUGGAGACAAUAUGUACUUGUGAUUUGUUAUGGUGAUCAAGAGAGACCGUUAGAAUUGGAUGAAACACCUGUGACAAUAUUUAAAUCCUUAAAACAACAAGGACUACAUCCAUCUAUUAUGUUAAGACGAAGGGGCGACUUUGAGGAACUGAUGGUAAAUGGAAACAACGUAGAUGCAUCAUCAUAUCCCCAUAAUAAUCCUACCCAAUCUAGCGGUGGUUUUAAUACUACUAAUCCGCUGGAAUACUCCGCCACCCCUGGUGGUAGAUUGUAA